AGUAGUCUCCCUGUUGGCGUAGGGCAGUGCCGUCUACUCAGCGAAACAGGGCAGUGCGAGUACUUUUGCAUUCCGGUUGAUCAUUUCGACAUUUUCAUUCUUUGUAGAUUCUGGGGUUUCACUAAGAGAAUAAACCACAGUAUACGUGCAGAAACUGUUUGAAGAGGCGAUGUCCUUACGCCAGCAUGGGCCGUUUAUCUUGGGUGCUGUUGCCAGCGUAGCCGCGGGGGCUGGGCUUUGUGUUGCUUGCUUGCAUAUAUGGAAGGAGCUAAGAGAUAUUCGUACCAUCCUUGACGAAAUAAAGCGUGAUGUGGAUGAUAUCUCCGAUAGCAGGUUUUCCAAGAGAAAGGCAGGCAGCCUGUCAAAGCACAACUACAUAACAGCCAGUAGUGGUGAUGACGACGAGGACGAUUUUCAAGAUGCGAUCGGCGGUGGAGAUAUCAUCUCACGCCAUGAUUCAUUAGAGCGCAAUGUCCAGUUUGCUACUCCAUUGGUUGUAAGCUAUGAUGAAGAGGAUGAAGAAUUUUUCAGAGAGAUAGAUGAGCUCCUUGCAGGUUCAAAGGCACAGAUUAAACAGGCAUAUUGUGAAUUGCAAGAAAGACAAAGAAAUAUGUCAUUGAAAGCAGAAUUUCAUUGGCGGCAUGCCAAAGCAGCAUAUAAUUAUGCCACUAUUGAAGGAGAGAGUGGAAAUACACCACGAAAGAAGGAGUUGGUGUUUGAAUCGAAGGAUUCUGCUGAAGUAGCUCUUAGGCUUAAUCCUAAAUCUUCGGAUGCACACAAAUGGUAUGCAAUAGCACUUGGAAGCACAGGUGAUUAUGAACCUAUGGCUGAAAAAAUCAAGAAUGCAUAUAUAAUUAGGGACCACAUCAAAAAAGCUAUACAGUUGAAUCCCACAGACCCAACUCCACAUCACAUGCUAGGAAGAUGGUGUUAUAGUGUAUAUAUGUUGUCAUGGUUUGAAAGGAAAGCAGCUGCAACCUUUUUUGGUGAACCACCCAUAGCAACAGUUGAUGAAGCCUUGGAUCACUUUAUGGAGGCAGAAAAACAGCGACCUGGAAAAUGGAAAGAGAAUAUGUUAUACAUAGCUAAGUGUUUGAUUGAGAAGAAAGAAUACACUAUGGCAACACAGUGGCUACAGAAGGCCUCAGAAACUCCUGAUGCUUUGAGUGGGGAAGAAAUAGAGGAAGAAAUAAAAACUUUACUCUCCAAGUAUGGGGUAUAGCAAUCAUCUGUAACAUUGUAUAAGAAUAUAUAGCCAUCAUUUAAAGUAUUCAAUCCAAGCAUCCAGUCAUGAUGUACAUGUGUUUUAAUGUGUUUUUUGUUAUGUCCUUAUUAAUAAUGUUAUGGAUUAAUUGUUUUGGUUGUGAGUUGCUCAAAUCAUAAUACAGUGUGGCUGUAUUCUGAUGAGCCUGACCUAAACUCACCAUGCAGACCUUGUGAUGAAUCAUGAUAUUACUUAUGUAUAAGAUAUAGAAUAUACAGCUGAAAGUGGUAAAAAUUGUUUUUAAGUUACUGUGCUGUUUUUUUUCUUUAAUAAUAUUAUUACGGUGCUUCUCGAGGACACUAUAUUUUACUUAAUUGUUGCCAUUUUUAGGUUUUAAUAAUUAUGGCUGAUUGUCAUAUCUGAGUUACAUUGAAAUCAUUUGGAUAAAUUGAAACAUUACUGAAAAACAUUACUUACUAAUAGUACCUAUGUAUCAAUUAGUUUUACAGCUUUAAAAAAUAUUUCACAAUUUUCUGAUGACGGAAGCAUGGCAAGAUUAUACUUAGAAUUUAAAGUGAAUUAGACAGGAUAUACUUCUUGCAAAUUUUUUAGUACAUUUUCUAGCAAUAUGUUUUUAAUGAUUUAUUUUUGCUUUCAUGUUACAUAAAAAAUAUUAAAAAGAAAAAUAUAUGAGAUCGAAAGAGACAGUAUGAAAUUAUCUUUUUACUACUGAGUAUAGAUAUAUGUGUGUGUGACUAUUUCUAAAGAUAUAUAAAGUAAAUAAUUUCUGUUAGAAUAGUUUGAUGCAUUGUCAAAUUUAAGUUUUCAUAUCGGAUAUAAUGAGAGUACUUUGGAACCUCUGUGAUCAGUAGAAUUUUACCAAGAUCAAUAGUUUUCAUAAAUGAGGAUAGAAGUAAAAUCAUUGAAAUAGUGAAAGACAAGCUCCCUUCCCCUCACCCCAGCCAACAUUUCACUGUCUUCCCCCUCCCCCCAACACACACAAAAAAGAAAACCCACAAACAUAGAAUGGAGACCACCACAAACUAAAGGAAAGUCAUGAUCAUUGGCAAUGGCAAAGCAGAUAUCUGCAUGAACAGAAUACAGUUCUAAUAGGUAAACAGCUUAGAGUACUUGAGAGCCACCCUCUGUAAUGAUGGCAGCUCCAUGAUAGAUGUCCACAUUAUGACAGAUAGCAAUAUCAGGUUGACAACAAUGUAAAGUCCUGAUAUAUGGAUCUGAAAUGUGGACUCAUGCUCAUUGAUACAGAGUAGAAAAUACAGGCAUCCUAGAGCAAGUGCCUGAAUGAGCUGUUCCAAAUCUCAUACAGAGAACAUAAAACCAUUGAUUUUGUACGAAUCACGGUCACCACACUUGUAAGACAACAGUAAUCCCUACUCCCAGUAGUCAAGCGGUACGUGUAAGCUUCAAGGUACUUUAGAAAGAUAUUGAUACUGAGGUGGCCAAAAGAAAAACUGGCUUACAAACUAGAGUAGACUGGUUAUAGGACUAGCCAACCAUUUCUCAAGACAGGCAAGAGUGGCAGGAUUUGUCAGCUGGUCAUUGACACCGGUGAUGGGAUGAAUGAAUGAGCACUAACCACAAGGCUACAAAGACUUUCCAAAAUAAAAGCGCAGGGCUGGUUAAAAAAGUGUUAAGUGAUGCUUUCAAUGCCAACUGGAUUAUGCAGUCGGUAAACUUGCAAAAACCUUUGAAGCUAGCGACGGACGUGUAUACCAGUAUGUGAGCUAGCUGUUUCUUGUAAGGGAAGUGAGCCAUAAAUUUGUAAGGUUUUUUCAAUUACUUUGUCAAAUAAAUUGAUAACUUUAUAAAAGUCUCAUGCAGGACACAUGUCUAUUUUAUGACUUGCAUAUUCUGAUGAAAAUAAACAUUCCAUAAUCAGAA